AUGCCGUCAGUGAGUGGGUCUGACGUGGCCCGGGGGGUAGGGUCAGGGUCGCAGCAGCAACAGCAGCAGCAGCAGCAGCAACAACAGCAGCAGCAGCAGCAGCAACAGCAGCAGCAGCAGCAGCAGCAGCAGCAGCAGCAGCAGCAGCAGCAGCAGCAGCAGCAGCAGCAGCAGCAGCAGCAGCAGCAGCAGCAGCAGCAGCAGCAGCAGCAGCAGCAGCAGCAGCAGCAGCAGCAAUCUACACCUCCCCAGCAGCAGAUGAUGCCCCCUCAACAGCGCAGAUUGUGUGUCAAAAUCCGUUCGUUUGUCGCUCUCUCUCUCUGUCUCCAUCGUCUGCAGGGGCUGUUGCGGCUCAAGGCGCCCAUCACUAGGAGCAAGUCACAAGAGAUCCAGCGGCUGGUGAGCGCCCAGGGCGUGCCUCUCUCCACGGACGAGCUGCUGCAGCGACUGGCGUCCCCAUCGGACCUGCAGGCCACCAUCGCCGCCCUGCAGGGGCCGCUGGGCCACGUGGACCUCGCUGCCCUCUCCUCCUCUGCUGCUGCCCUCGCUGCUGCCAUCCUGGGAAACCUUCAGAUACCUCUUCCUCCUCCUGCUGCUGCUGCUGCUGCUGCUGCUGCUGCUGCUGGUGCUGCUGCUGCUGCUGCUUCUGCUGCUGGAGGUAGUGGUAAUGGUUUUGCUGCUCCCGUUGCUGCUGCUCCUGCUGUUGGCGCUCCUGGUGUGAGUGCUGCUGCUCCUGGUGCGAGUGCUGGACUGGCACCAGCAGGAGGCAGGCUCGGGGGGACUCCCCCUAAGCCUCCCAUUCCGCCUUCCCCUGGAGGCAGGGGGGCUGGCGCAGGGGGAGGGGGGAGAGGAGCGGGGGCAGGUGGGGUGAUGCUUAGUGGGGUGCACCUUCCCCCACUGCAGCAGGUGUACCUUCCCCAGAUAGCCCUCUCGCCUCCCCCAGUCUCCUCGAAGGACUCGGAGCAAACUACGCACAUAGAGCAGUUGGAGCAGGAGAACGCUCAGCUGAGAGCAGAGAACGAGAGGCUCAAGGAGGAGCUAGCUGCUGCUCGACAGACAGGAAUGGCCUUAACCAGCAUGCCCACCAUGCAUGCUGCUGGGAUGGCGCAGCCAUGA